CUGCAGAAGCUACUGACGAUGGAUCCGACAAAACGAAUAACAUCGGAGCAGGCGAUGCAGGACCCUUACUUCCUGGAGGACCCGGUGCCCACGCAAGAUGUCUUUGCAGGGGGUCCUAUUCCUUACCCCAAGCGUGACUUUCUCUCAGAUGAGGAGCAGGACGACAAAUCAGACAAUAAGAAGAAGGUAUUCAUGGAACAGAGCUGGACAAAUCAACAGAGAGCAGCUGCAGCAGCCAAGAAGAAGAUUUUUAUGGAUCAGACUUGGACAAACCAACAAAGAGUGCAAGCAGCAGCAAAGGGAGGGGGAGAACCUGCCUCCAAGAGGGUCCGACUUGGUCACCACCAGACUAGCAUGGCAGGCCAGCAGAAUUUCUCUCAUAUGACACAGCGUAAUCAUCCCAACCAACAACAACAUCCAGGCCAUGUCCAGCAGGGAGGCAUGAUGAACUACACCAACACCCAGCAGAAUGGUAACUUUAACCAGCGAUAUUGAUGCACCAGAAAUGUCCCACAAGGAAACAAUAUGAACCACACCGACACCCAGCGAGUGGCAACGUUAACCAGCGACAUUCAUGCAACAGGGGUGCAGUACAGGGGGUCCUCGUUAUCCACGGUUAAUUGGGACCGGAAAAACGCCUCUGAUAACGAAUCCACUUAAAGCGGGGAAUUAAUCCCUUAAGAAAUAAUGGAAAUAGGUCAAACUGGGACCAUGACAUUGUACACGACACAAAAUUUGUUUGUACAGGUUGACAAUCCUUUAUCCGAAAUCCUUGGGGCCAGAGGCAUUUCGGUUUUCGGAAUUUUUCGGUUUUCAGAAUGGUUAGUUUUUUUUUUUUUUUUUUUUUUUUUUUUUUUUUUUUU